CGCGUGAGCAGCUGUGGGCUUGGGCUGGCUCGGUUUCGACGAACCUCAGCUUCCCAACUCCUAACCACCGAGCCUUUCCUAUAUAAACCCCUUCACCCCUCCCUCGCUCUCUCACACGUAUUCUUCCUCGCUCUCUGCCUCAGAUAUUUUCUCAAGUUGGCUUGUGUCGUUGCUAAAGAUGGCCCUGGUUUCAGGAAGAUCAACAUUGAAUCCGAAUGCUCCUCUCUUUGUCCCCGCUGCUUUCCGCCAAGUGGAAGAUUUCUCCCCUGAAUGGUGGCAACUGGUCACCACCUCUACAUGGUACCAUGAAUAUUGGCUCAGUCAGAACCAGGAUGAGGAUGGUUUCUAUGAUAAUGCUCAGGAAAACUAUGACAAUGUAGCUGAUUUGCUUCCUGAGACCUUUGAUCUUGAUGCUGGAGAGGACUUCUCUAGUUUUGAAGCAGCUCAGUUUGAAGAGUUCCUCCAGUCGUCUCAAACUGAAGGUAAAAAUGCAGGGUUAGAUAUGAGUGCUGCAGUUCUGAAGAAUUUGAAAGCAUCAGAAGAUAGACGUCCCAAGUUGCUGGUGGAGCCAAGGAAGUAUGCAGAGAAGCCAGCCAAGUUUGUGAGUCCAAAAUGCAGCCCCCGCUUCAUCCAGCAGCCUCGUUGAAUUAGCUUAUCCCUUAAUGUAGUUUAGCCAGUGGCAAAACCAAGUACUUGUAGUUUCUUUCGCUUCCUGUAAUUUCUGUAUAGAGCAAGGUUGAAACUCUUUGCUUCCAUCCUUGUUCAUUCCGAUGCUCAUUCUGUUCAGUUUACUAAAAAUACCCUUCAGGUAAGAAACUUGUAAAAAAAAUUGUAAAAUUUUAAGGGAAGAGAAAAUGUUUUUAGUUCA